AUGUCCGCCACCACUACCCAGCCCAAGAAUACGAAUCUAUCUCGAAGGUCGAGACGAGCUCACCCGUCAGGUUGCCCUCCACGAUUCUCUGCAGACAAAAUCAAGGAGACCGACCCGUAUAGAAUCGAACUGCUUUGGCGAGAAGUCAUGGCACCCAAGACCCCCUCAUACGCACGCCAGACGAGAUCCAGCAACUUAACGAAUAGUCUCAGAAAGCAGACAGUCAAAAAUGCCACAGUCCGAGACGUUGACUUCGAAGAGACUCAGUUGAUUCCGCGCGGAGUUGAGAUGCUCCAUUCACAUCAGAACAUCGUGAUAGGAGCUCACGCUUAUUUCGACUCGGACACACCUCCGGACCCAGCUCAAUCACGCGAAUUCUACCUAUCCAUCAUUCAUACAACCCUUGCAGGAAGAGCUGAACGGGACAUAGACAAUUCGAUAUUCCUGCCGACGGACGCCAACUUUAUCAAGUCUCUGCACAGGGCCUAUCACAGAAUGGGAGUGUCAGGUGUCUCGGAAACUGAGUUCAAGGUAUUUGCUUGGCAGAAUCUAUUCAUCGGGCAGCACGUGGUCUUAAUGGAUGAUACUGAAAGACAGCUUUGCGUUGUACGACUGGUGGAAAUAUCGCUCAAGCCUUGCGAAAGUCACAGCCGACGUAUGUGGUUUGAACCUCCACUCCUCUCCUCGAAUCAGCCUCCUCCCAAACCCUUUAGCUUCGACAUUUCCUCCGACAGUCAAUUCUGGCUUUCCGACAAUAUUUUAAAUGCCGAUUAUCGAAUGCAUGCCGGGUCAGUCGUGCAUUGCAAGACCUGGGGUACAUUUUGUCCCUAUUUGUCGAUCGAGUUCAAAGCCACAACCGAUGACCGGCGCGUCGUGAGGAACCAAGUGGCUGCCACUGGCCUGAUUUCCUUGUUCAACCGAUACCAGUUGAAGCUCGAGGCCGCUCUUCAGCCUACUCCGGAGCAAUUGAGACUGGUUCACCAUUACGGACUGACGAUGGAGAGAGAACUUUGGGCAGUAUGGGUCUUUGAACCAAAAAUAGAUAAUGGGGCAUGGGCUGGCUGCACAAUACGACUACUUGAAGCCGGAACUUGUCUACACGAAGGAGGACUCGUGGAAUUACUUCAAUGGAUCAACGAAAUUCAUCGAUGGGGCCUUUGUGAGUACGCUCUCGGAUGUGAGGAGGAUAUCAAACAGAUUCUGAGUAGAGCUACCACCAACCUCAGAAUCUCUACGAUAGGAUCCUGA